ACGCACUUGAAGGGCCAGCUAGUAAGGUUGGUGGUGUUCUGCACGAGUGGCAACCCGCACACACUGCUUGCACUGGUAAAGGAAGAAAGAAAAAAAUUGGUUACUUAGGUGACCGAGACAUUUGUGACUAUGAGACUGCUUUCAUUAUAUUAUCGUUUGUCAUUCGUUCUCCUUCUCUUGACCUUUGGCGAAUUCUGUGAGGGUAGAAGACGAAAUCAUGCCAAACAUACCAGGAAAUGGAAAGAAAUAUUAAGAAACAAGUUAAAAGAAUCCAGACUAAACCAUAGACCUGAGACAGACAUCAACGUGAUACAGAGUCCUGAGAGAAAGGCCCAACUUCAAGAGUGUCACAAAUUUGCCCUCUACAGAUGCGGCAAAAUCUUCCUCAAGGUUUCCAAACUCACCCAUUUUCUUAAAGGAGAACAAUCUUACCAAACCAAAUGUGCCCUUAGACAGGCUUUCUUUACGUGCAUUCAGAAGUUGAGACUCAAACCGUGUUCUCAUCGCAAGUACAAUAAGGAUUAUGACAUAGUAAAGUUGAGGAAGAAACUCGCAGACAAGCUCUGGGCGAACCGUUCAUGUGUUCUUUUUGCUAAGGGCAAAUAAAAAGAGAAGGAAAAAUGCUACCCACGUAUUGCACCAACAGCUGUGAAAAACGAAGUACGGAAGGUGUUACUGAAGACUACUGACAUUUAAGAAGACGAGAAACGCUGCAGUAAUUAAAGAUGGUGCAAUUACUUAUACCGUGUGACAAGAUUUGCUUAACCUGUGUUUAAACACACUAAAUAACUUAUUCAUACUUAUCUAAGUGUAUCGUAUAGUGAAAGGAUUAGAACUUUCUUGUUCUUUAACCAACAAACUAUGCUUUAGAGAAGUGUAUAAUCUUAAUACCACAUUUUGAAGAUUACAGUACACAAUAAUCAAAAACAGUUGUAGAAAUUAUCUUUCUUCGAGUAAUGUUUACAUAUCGAUAUGAUAGCAUUACAUUAAA